AUGUACACAUUCCAGUUUUUGAAGCUGAUUCUUACAACUUUCCUGCUUACUGGAGCUAAUGCAGAAUCGGGCACAAAAGAUUUCCUCAACAAAUUCAAAACGUAUAAUGAAUUGUGUCGUGGAAUGGGCUUCAAAGGAGUUAGUAGUAACUGUAAAGGACACGAAAGAGAUAUUAUCUCAUUUCAUGCCCGAAUGGAAAGUCAUAUGCAGAACCUCGGAAAUAAUGCCGUAGUGGUAUUUGGAACAGUUACUGAAAAUUCUGGAUCCACCUAUAAUGGUAAGACAGGAAAAUUCACGGCGCCUCGGGAUGGUAUCUACUCAUUUACAUGGACCAUUCUAACACAACGUGGGAAGAUGUUUAAUACACACAUUGUACUGAAUGAUAACAGUAAUGUCAUUGCGUACAACCAUGCCGACGGAAGGAAUGGGAGUCAGACUUACUCAUCUGGAUCCGCCACAGCCAUUAUCAAAAUGAAAAAGAAUGACAAGGUCUGGAUAAAAACGAAUGGAAAAGAAGGGGAAUACGCUUAUGCUGAUUGGUCUUCAUUUUCUGGUUUUAAAUUGUAAUGAUUGUA